UUCCCAAGCGCGUGAUCUAGAUGCAAAUGGCGCUUUGAACAACGUGCGCGCACAUGAGAACUACGAAGAGCUCAGGCGGGAGGCGCGUGCACAUUUACAAGCAGCUCGUGACGAUGUGAGGGGACAGCAAGAAGCGAAUGAUGACGAGGAGGACAGCGAGGAGGACGAGCGCGAU